AUGAACAAAAGUGGAAGCAGUAAAAUUAGCUUAAAUACAAGCCAAUAUGAACAAAAAUUUUAUGGGAGUCCACUGAGCAAAAACUCGAAUUUAGACGAUACUGACGAGUUACUGCGGUAUAAAAUCGGAGAAGACAAUCCAUCUAUUCAUAGUGCCAGCCGAAUUAGUGGUAGUUUUACACGCUAUCGUGGCGGUAGUAAGUUAUCACGAUAUCAAUCUUCACCCAAUUACCCUAGCCACUAUGAUGAAAAUUACCAAUAUCCUAUGAACUCCAAUUCGCAAUUAUCUUUCUCGCCUAAUCACUUUGCUAGUAACCCUGUCAAUCGAUAUGAUUUAGCAUCGACUCCAGAUAGCUUAAGAAAUACCAGUUUACAUGGAGAAUCUGUUCUUGAUAACAGCGUAGCAAAUCCAAGCCUGGUCUAUUCUCAUCGAGGUGAUGAUUAUAGCAAGAAUUACUCUUUAGAGCAAAAGAAACACGAUGAGCCAAUUGAAGCUACAAAUGGGCAAGCUUCGGAUACAGCAUCAACUCAACAGCAAACUAGUGAUAGCCUUCAUGAUGGAUUCGAUUCAAAUAGUCAAGAUUUGCAUCGAUUUGGUCAUCUCGACAAUGAAGCACUCGUCAAGAGGACUCAAAAAUUACUGGAUGAGACAUUAGAAUCUUAUGAUAAAGAAGCUUAUGUUCAAGGAACCCAAUGGAGUGAUCAAAGAUAUCAAGGACAUGCGAGUAUCACUACAAGUCAUGAAUUGAAACAUCGUCAAAAACAAAAUGUAUCGAUGGAACAUGAUAGGUCUUAUUCGAAACCUAAGAUAACGGAUUCAGCAACUAACAGAAGUGCUAAUUAUUAUCCUGAUCAUCAUAAACUCUCAACCAAUACCAGUAUCAAUAUAGAUUAUGCUUCGCCGAACGAUUCUAUUGAAACUGCCGAUUUGGGAAUUCGAGAGGAUAUGGAAGUUAUAUCGAAUGUUUCAUCUAUACCGAUGGAUGCUGAUUUAUUGCAAAGGGUUUACAAUCAUAAGGAUAAAUUCGUAUUGAUACAAAGGUAG